AUGUUGGGCAAAGCGACACGAUGGCUGGGGGUCUUCGCUGUCCUGAUAGCUACGGGGGCCAACUGGGAAGCAGACCCCCUCUGCCCCGCCAAGUACAAAGUCAACUGCCUACUCCGUCGGCGUCUGGGCUGUGGCCCUGAAGGGGCACCGACCUGCGGCCCUUGCUUCCCCAAUUACGAGGAGGACUCUACUGGUGACUGUGUGCCGAAGAAAACCCCUAAGCAUGAAAGCAAAACAAAAACCCAGAAGAAACCCAAAGACUUGCCCAGUCUCAUUAUUUCCCUCCUGGCUAAGCAUGAGAAGGGGCUGAGACCAUCAACCCUGGAAACCACUUUGCCUGGCAGCACAGGGGGGGUUGAGCCACCCAAUCCCCCCACUUUCCUCUCCACUUCCUUCCCCACCACUUUCCCCACAAAUGCCUCCUAUUCUAUGAGCAGUGCCCCAUCUUCUUCUGAGUUGUAUGAAGAUACCCCAGUCUCAGCCACCAUACCCCCAAGGAGAGUGAAAGUGGACUUCAAGCAAAGGUCUCGACCUCCAGCUACUAGUCUGAACAAAGCUGUGUCCCUCACUCUUGUGGUGAUGUGCACAGUGACAGGGGUCUCUGGACUGGUGGUUGCUGCCAUUUGCUGGUACAGGCUACAGAAAGAGGUACAUUUGGCUCAGAAGAUGGCAUACACAGCCUCUCGGGGGAACCAGUACCGAUACCAUCAGCCCAGCGCAUACAUGGACUCUCGACUAGCUCAAUCUUGCCAAGUCCACCACUAUCAACAUCAGAAGAAACUUCUCACCAGUGAAGACAGAGAAUCCCCGAAACCUACAGAGCAGCUCUCCACAGAGUCAGAGACUGAAAAUGGAGAUUACACCGUGUACGAGUGUCCUGGACUGGCACUGAGUGGAGAGAUGGAGAUCCACAACCCUCUCUUCGAUACCUCCACCCUACAUCGAUGCCCUCCCUAACUGCAUUCUCUCUUUUCUUUUCUCGCCUACAUUUCCCUCUCCUGGAUUAAUAUAGGGAUGAUUCAAAUUCACAAAAGGCCCUACACGCGUUAGUUGCGGUUUGUCUAUCUUGUUCCUUUGAGGGAAGACAGCAUAGGUAUGAUGAACUGCCUUUAUCACCACCACCCCAUUAUUCCACGCUAAUCUUCUGGAGAUGGUUUAAAAGGGGAACGCUGGUCAUUAGGAUCUAUUUCUUUUUUUAAAUUGUAUAUCAGCUUCAGAUCAACAUCUAGAGUCCCUCGCAUUUCUGUCUUUGUUAGAAAUCCCUUUUUAAUUGAUUCUAUCAGUUCUCUAACUAGAAGUAUUUACCCUAUCCAAUUCAGCUAGGAAAAGCUCUGCGGCCAGAAGCAGCCUUUCUCAUGCAUAUCUGAUAUGGAUGCAUUGCAUAAGCGCAUGCAGGUGUGUAUUUCCAUUGGUAUUUACAUGCUCUUCUGUAGGAAGAAGCAGCCUUCCUUGGGCAUAGCUGAUGUGGGUAGAUGUGCACUUAGAUAUGUAAUACUCACAUCUGGGCCAUCUGGGCCCUGUUAAAUUGGCUGCAUGCAUCUUUUCAUACAAAAAGCAGUUUGCAUGCCUCUCCAAGCAGUUGUUAUGUCUGACUAUAUAAUGACAGCUGAAAUGGGCCAUGGACUUCAUUUCAUUUCUUUAUAGAAUGUAAUAAUUGCUUUUUCUUUACACAACCCAAAGUGAUGUACAGUAUUAAAAUAUUGCAUUCAG